AUGAUGUGUGAGGUGAUGCCCACCAUCAGUGAGGGGGACCCCCUGGGCCCCCCCCAGGGCUCCGAGGCGGAUGCUGACUUCGAGCAGCUGAUGGUGAACAUGCUGGAUGAGAGGGACAAGCUGCUGGACACCCUGAGGGAGACUCGGGAGACCCUUUCUGUCACCCAGAGCCGCCUGCAGGAGACCCUGCGGGAGAGGGACCAGCUCCAGAGACAGCUCAACUCUGCCCUCCCACAGGAAUUUGCGACACUGACGCGGGAGCUCAGCGCCUGCCGGGAGCAGCUCCUGGAGAGGGAAGAGGAGAUCUCAGAGCUGAAAGCUGAGCGUAACAACACCCGGCUCUUGCUGGAGCACCUGGAGUGCCUGGUGUCGAGGCAUGAGAGGUCCCUGAGGAUGACUGUGGUCAAACGUCAGGCUCAGUCUCCAUCUGGAGUUUCCAGUGAGGUUGAGGUGCUCAAGGCACUCAAGUCACUCUUUGAGCAUCACAAGGCACUAGAUGAAAAGGUCAGGGAACGCUUGCGAGCAGCUUUGGAGCGAGUGGCAACCUUGGAGGAGCAGCUUGUGGAUGCCCAUCGGCAGGUGGCAGUUCUGCAGCAAGGAGCAGCUCGGGAGGCCCCUGGGGCUGAGCGGGAUGAGAGGGAGCCCAAGGAGCCGGUGCAGAAGCUUCCCUGGAAGAGGCUCUCCAACGGCUCCGUCCACCCGGACGAUGAGGCAGGGCGGGUGGUGGAACUUCAGGAGCUCCUGGAGAAGCAGAAUUUUGAAGUGGUCCAGGCCAAGGAACGCAUCUCUGCCUUGGCUGCCAGCGUUGCUGAGCUGGAGGAGGAUCUGGGCACUGCCAGGAAGGAUCUGAUCAAAUCUGAGGAGAUGAGCAGCAAGUACCAGAGGGACCUCCGAGAGGCCCUGGCUCAGAAGGAGGACAUGGAGGAGAGGAUCACCACGCUGGAGAAACGUUACCUGGCAGCCCAGAGAGAAGCCACCUCCAUCCAUGACCUCAAUGACAAGCUGGAGAGCGAGCUGGCCAACAAGGAGUCCCUGCACCGCCAGUGCGAGGAGAAAGCUCGGCACCUGCAGGAGCUGCUGGAGCUGGCAGAGCAGAAGCUGCAGCAGACGAUGAGGAAGGCGGAGACGCUGCCCGAGGUGGAAGCGGAGCUGGCCCAGCGCAUCGCUGCCCUCACCAAGGCAGAAGAGAGGCACGGGAGCAUCGAGGAGCACCUCAGGCAGCUGGAGAGUCAGCUGGAGGAGAAGAACCAGGAGCUGGCCAGGGCUCGGCAGAGGGAGAAGAUGAACGAGGAGCACAACAAACGCCUCUCGGACACCGUGGAUCGGCUGCUGAGCGAGUCCAACGAGAGGCUGCAGCUGCACCUCAAGGAGAGGAUGGCAGCCCUGGAGGAGAAGAACACAUUGUUACAAGAGCUGGAAAAUACCCAAAAGCAGAUAGAGGAACACCAGCACGACAAGCGGAGGUUGUCAGAUGAGAUUGACAAACUGAGGCUGGAGGUUGACCAGCUCAAGACCAGAAGUGGCACCUUUGUGGAGAGUGUGCACACAAGGUCCCACAUGGGCAGUGCCACGGAUCUGCGCUUCCCUCUGAGUGCCGUGGUCCACGGCCCCACCGAGCCCUUUGGGACAGCCCCGGGGCUGCCUCGGGCACAGAAGGGAAGAUUUGGUGCCCGACGAGAGGAACCAGCCAAGGACUGGGAGCAGCCCCAGGCAGGCAGUGUCCUGGCCACGGGUCCCCACGCCUUUGACAGCGACCCCGAGAUCUCUGACGUGGAUGAAGAUGACCACGAGACACUCUUCAGCUCCAUGGAUGUGCUGUCUCCUGGUGGGCACUCAGAUGCCCAGACCUUGGCCAUGAUGCUCCAAGAGCAGCUGGAUGCCAUCAACGAGGAGAUCAGGAUGAUCCAAGAGGAGAAGGAAUCCACGGAGCUCCGGGCGGAGGAGCUGGAGACGCGUGUGACGAGUGGCAGCAUGGAGGGCCUCAACCUCACCCAACUCUGCAAAAGGGCUUCCAUCCCCACCUCGCUGACAGCCCUGUCCCUGGCCAGCUCAUCCCCCCCCCUCAGCGGCCGCUCCACCCCAAAACUCUCCUCCCGCAGCGCUGCUCAGGACCUCGACCGCAUGGGGAUCAUGACCCUGCCCAGCGACUUGAGGAAGCACCGGAGGAAACUGCUAUCACCCGCAGCUCGGGAUGAAAGCCGGGAGGACAAAACCACCAUCAAAUGUGAGACAUCCCCCCCGUCCUCCCCCAGGACCUUGAGGCUGGAGAAGCUGGGGCACCCCGCACUGAGUCAGGAGGAUGGGAAGAGCUCGCUGGAGGAGCAGGCCAGCAACCCCAGCAGCAACAGCAGCCAGGACUCCCUGCACAAGGGCUCCAAGAGGAAGGGGAUCAAAUCCUCCAUCGGGCGCUUGUUCGGGAAAAAAGAGAAGGGUCGCUUGAUUCAGCUGAGCAGAGAAGGGGCCACGGGGCAGGUGGUGCUGACUGACGUGGAGGUGGGCAUGCAGGACCCUCUGGGGCUUGGCAAGCUGGGGGCUCAGGCCGAGAAGGACCGGCGCCUGCGGAAGAAGCACGAACUCCUGGAAGAGGCUCGGAGGAAAGGGUUGCCCUUUGCUCACUGGGAUGGUCCCACUGUUGUCUCCUGGCUGGAGCUCUGGGUGGGGAUGCCAGCCUGGUACGUGGCUGCCUGCCGAGCCAACGUGAAGAGUGGAGCCAUCAUGUCAGCUCUGUCUGACACCGAGAUCCAGAGGGAGAUCGGCAUCAGCAACGCCCUGCACCGCCUGAAGCUGCGGCUGGCCAUCCAGGAGAUGGUGUCCCUCACCUCACCCUCAGCACCCCCCACCUCACGGACAUCCUCUGGAAAUGUCUGGGUCACCCAUGAGGAGAUGGAGACCAUGGCAACUUCCACCAAGACGGACACAGAGGAAGGCAGCUGGGCACAGACACUGGCCUAUGGGGACAUGAACCAUGAGUGGAUUGGGAACGAGUGGCUGCCCAGCCUGGGUCUCCCCCAGUACAGGAGUUAUUUCAUGGAAUGUCUUGUUGAUGCACGGAUGCUGGAUCACCUCACCAAGAAAGAUCUCAGGGUGCACUUGAAGAUGGUGGACAGCUUCCACCGCACCAGCCUGCAGUAUGGCAUCAUGUGUCUGAAGAGGCUCAACUACGACCGCAAGGAGCUUGAGAGGAGGAGAGAAGAGACCCAGCACGAAAUCAAAGACGUGUUGGUGUGGACCAAUGACCAGGUCAUUCACUGGAUCCAGUCCAUCGGGCUGCGUGAGUACGCAAACAACCUCGUGGAGAGUGGGGUGCACGGGGCACUCCUGGCCCUCGAUGAAAACUUUGACCACAACAGCCUGGCACUUGUCUUGCAGAUCCCCACACAAAACACACAGGCUCGACAAGUGCUGGAGAGGGAGUUCAACAACCUGCUGGCUUUGGGCACAGAUCGGAGGCUGGAUGAUGGGGAUGACAAAACUUUCCGUCGAACCCCAUCCUGGCGCAAGCGCUUCCGUCCCCGGGACGUCCACAGCAUCAACAUGUUGAGUGGCUCUGCAGAGACACUGCCUGCUGGCUUCCGUGUCACCAGCCUGGUGCCCCUGCCCCCUCCAUCUGCCCCUGCCAAGAAAAUGCCCCCAGAAGUUGGUGCCUCUGGGUCGCCAAGGCUGGAGACCUCCACGGUCCGGACAUACUCCUGCUGAGGGUCAGGAUGAUGGGAACCAUCCCUGUCCUGGGUAAGUGUGAGGAGGACCAAGGGCUCAGAGCUGGAUGGUGACUGAGAGGACAGCACCAGGCCCAUCGUCCUCUGCCCGGUGUCACCAGGCAGGGCAUCUGCCUUCACCAAGGUUUGCCUUGCCAUGGGGACCUCAGUGGUGAGGGAACAAUCUGCUGCUGCCUGAGGCUCACAGGACCCUGAGAUGAUGCAGAAGGGAUGCUCAGCAUCCCCACCAUGUACUGUUUGUCCAGUCCCUGGACAGCCAGCUCCACUGGGGACA